GGGGCUGAGAAGGGUGUUGCUACGAUUUUGGAGGGGAUUGAAAGGGGAAGAGAGGGGAUACACAGCGGGCCGCACGAGCGUGCGCUCUUCGGCCAUGAUCGAUGAUUUCCGUAGCUCUUCGGUUCGGCCAGGAGGUAAACAUUACACAGUACGAUUGGCCAUCCCGCGAGGCGGGUCCUUCAGUUUUCGUAGUAUCAACUUUUUCGUCUCGGUCCAACGCGAGCGGCCGAAAAGCAACGGUGUAAUGAAAGAAAAUACGUGCGCCUAGUUUUCGAAUCAGUUAAGUGAAUUCUAUCGUUCACUUUAUUUUAUUUUUUAUAUCGAGUGUUCGAUUACGCGCACGUUUAAUCGGCCUUGGAAAUCGAGAGAUGUCGAGGAAGGCGGAAGUGAAAUUUUGAGACGCACGAGAAAGAGAGGACGCGAGAAGAGAAAACGUACGAGAAGCCUUUGGCCGCGCACACAGGUAGUAACCUACGAUGGUGAGUUAUUACCAAACCGAGCCGAUCCCGAAUCCAGUGACGGUAUCAGUGACGAGCGUGCUGCCGAAUUUGGAGACGAUGAACCCGGUGAAGAACCUUGUUUGCAGCCCGGAUCUUCCGGUCUUUGGCUCGACGACAUGUACCACGGCUGCUGCCGUUACCGUGGAAAGUCUGACAAACUCGAACGAGGAGAAGGCUUACCAGUGUCUUCUCUGUCAGAAGAGCUUCGAUCAAAAGAGUUUGUAUCAGAGUCACCUGCGUUCGCACGGUAAAGAGGGAGAGGAUCCUUAUCGGUGCAAUAUCUGUGAGAAAACGUUUGCGGUACCUGCACGUUUGACCAGGCAUUACAGGACUCACACGGGCGAGAAACCUUAUCAGUGCGAAUACUGCAGCAAGUCCUUCUCUGUGAAGGAAAAUCUUAGCGUUCAUCGACGGAUACAUACGAAGGAACGACCGUACAAGUGCGACGUUUGCGAGCGUGCCUUCGAGCACAGCGGCAAACUCCAUCGUCACAUGCGAAUCCACACGGGCGAACGUCCACACAAGUGUACAGUUUGCUCGAAGACGUUCAUACAAAGCGGCCAGCUGGUAAUACAUAUGCGUACACACACCGGCGAAAAACCUUAUGUAUGUAAGUCUUGCGGCAAGGGAUUCACCUGUUCGAAGCAGCUAAAGGUACACACUCGUACCCAUACCGGCGAAAAGCCUUAUACUUGCGAUAUAUGCGGCAAGUCUUUCGGAUAUAAUCACGUAUUGAAGCUCCAUCAAGUAGCCCAUUACGGUGAAAAGGUCUACAAGUGUACUCUCUGUCACGAAACAUUUGGCUCGAAGAAAACCAUGGAGCUUCACAUAAAAACACAUUCAGACUCACCCUCCUCGUCCUCGUCUUCAUCCUCUUCAUCUUCGUCCUCCUCCUCUUCUUCUUCGUCCAGCGGAAUCUCUUCCGCCAGAGACUCACCGAUCGAAUCGAUCAUGGAAAUCUCACAAAGUAACUCCGUCGUUCCUAACGCACCAUCGCCUAUACCGAUCUGUGGUGGAAACAGCAAGGAACUUCCGCGUAAGAGCGCUGAGAACAUCCCAUGUAGUCCGAGCGAAGUUUAUCCGAAUCAACGAGAUUUCUCGUACUACGUUUUCCCAAGAGAACAGUAUCCUCAAUCAGUUUCCUCGAUAAACGGUCCAAUGAGCCUGUUAAAUGCAGGAGUCGAAGAAAGAUCGGUUCAUCAGAUUGUCAAUCUCGAACAACAGUCUCAUGUCUUCCUUUAUUCCGACAUAUCCUCGAGUCCUUACCCAAUAACCGAGUUUGCUUUUCCAAGCAGAGGAGGUGAGCCGAUGGUCGGUGAAUGUCCAUCCUUGCUGAAUCUACCCGGAAACGAUGCUCGUAGAAGAGUCGAGGCAGCUUUGGAGGCCGUCGAGGAAGAAAGACAACGAGAGUAUGGAAUGAACGUGAAAAAAGAGGAACAGAUACUUACGCCACCGAGCAGUAAUCCCGUCAGUCCAGCACCCUCGCCAGAUCCUCUCGAUCUCGCUAUACCUGUCAGGGAAACUUUGAUCUUACCACCAAGGAAACGUUGCAAGAUGAUUCUCGAAUCGAUGGAAAGCGAGAGAAGCGCGAGUCUCCUUGGCUCUCAAAGACAAAGUUCCGUUAUUCAUUUUGCACGUGCCUCAUAGUCAGAUGCGGUUAACUCCUAUAAAAAAAAAAGAGAAACCGAUGGAACUCUAUUCGCAAAGAAUGACGGCACCGUCCUCCGAAAAGACUCUAGUGAUAUUCCAUGUGAACUCUUUCGAGUGUGUAAUAUGAACGAACGAACAGAAAAAUUCAGUGUCUUCGAUAAUCAUAGUCAAUCCUUCGUCGGACACGUUGCCUUCUUCUAAACGCGUACAGAGUACAAAAACAAAAGUACGAAUUAGAACGGUAUAGCACAAAUUGUGUGUGAAAAGGAUUCGAUCGAAUACUUCGACGCUGAUAAUAUUUUAAAUAGGCACACGUGCGUCUGUUUUGAUAACGACUCGAAAUUAUCGAAUUUGCAAAAUUAUUAUCGACUAUAUGUAUGUACAUGUAUACAUACACAUGAGAUAUACCUAUAUAUCUCUUCAUUUCUUCUUUUUAUGGUUUUUUAUUUUCUUUUUCACUCAUUGCCACGUGCAUACAAGUAUCUGUUUUAUCUACAAU